GAAACAAUUUCCAGCGAACUAACUACUGUGUACGAAACGUCAAGACAAUCGUGUGGUAAAGAACUUAGUGGACCAGUUACGAAAUAUUUGGACUGUAGAACAACAAUAAAUAACGGAAAAAUAUUUGAAUCAUUGGAAGAAGAUUCAGCCAAGGUGAACGUUGAUGACGAACAACCGUACAGUAAUGGUCAAGUUGAACUUCAUGUGUCACCAAAGGAAGCUCUUAAAAAUGAGAGAAUUUUACCUUUUAUCCAUAGUUUGUAUUUGCUCAUGUUAUCCAUUCAUGUUUGUGAAUGUUUUUUAUAAGACAUAUGGACAGACGUUUAUAUCAGACGACACGUUUCUGUCCACUAUUGGUUCUGUAGCUGGAGCUGUUCAUGCCCUUAGCCGAGUGAUUGUGGGCUUAAUUCAGGACAAAUUAUCUUACAAGUUAACGAUGCUCCUCUUGCUGGGAAUAAAGACAGUAUUGCUGUUCACUCUCGUGGCGACACCUUAUGGAGGAAAGGUGACGUACAUGAUAUGGAUCUGUGGCCUCUUUGCGACAUUUCCUCUUGUUUUUGUCUGUAUUCCGGCUGCUGUUGCUGAAAUUUUUGGAACGAAAUACACUGUUGAAAUUUUUGGAAUGGUACUCUUUGCAUCAACAACUUGUUUCUUUCUCUGGCCUUUAGUUCUCCAUCGUAUUACUUCUUCUUUAGGAUGGUUUGCUACAUUUUGUGUGACAGCAACUGUUUCAUUCAUAGGUGGACUAAUGACAUCUGGUAUUGACUGAAAAACGUCGUCGAUAAUGAAUAUGUUGUACAUAAGUG